AUCUAUAUUGGUUUAUAGUGUAUAGAGGUGGUUUGACAGAGUUUUAGUCACCAUAACAAGUAUUUUUUUUAAAAGGCUAAGAAUUAAGCGGAACCUUACUUGUAUCGCUCCGUUGUUCGAACGCAUUUCAGAGACGGACCACACCCGGGAAUGGCGGAAAAAUAACAGUACGGUCCAGUUUAUUAGUUUUGGUUUAUUUAAUCUGUUACCUUCAGUUUGUUUAGUCAUGUGGUUGUUUUUUGUAGUUUGAAUGAACUCCGUUGCUAAUGCUAAGCUAACGCUAAAGAUGUGGCGGAAAGGCUCGUCUGAGGGCUCAGACCGGUUUGAAUACCUACAAACUCUGGUCACCGAGUUUCAGGACACCGACAGUGAAGAGGCAAAGGAGCAGGUGCUGGCUAACCUGGCCAACUUUGCGUACGACCCGAAGAACAUGGAGCAUCUGAGGGAGCUGCAGGUGGCCGACCUCUUCUUGGACAUGCUCACAGAGGAGAAUGAGAACGUUGUGGAGUUUGGGAUGGGGGGGCUGUGUAACAUGAGUAUGGACCCUGAAUGCAGAGACAUUAUCCUGCAGAGCAGCGGAAUCAGCUUGGUCACAAAUUGUCUGUCGAGCCGGAGGGAAGAGACCGUCCUGUCAGCCAUCACUACACUAAUGAACCUCACAAAGCCCUCGUCACGCUCUGAGAUCACCGAUCCGGCCAUCCUUCAGUGCAUGCUGCGCUUCUCCCUGUCAGACAGCCCCCGCCUGCGCAACCUGGCCGCCGUGUUCCUGCAGGACUGCUGCACUGAGGAGCAGGUGGCCCGAGCAGAGCAGCAGAUGCAGGGACAGCAGACAGCAGUCGGCAUCCCGCUGCCAAAGGACUAAAUCACAGCUGAGGUAUUCAUGUGUGUAGGUGGAUAAAUUUGCUCUCUGUGAGAGCAUGAGAAACAUAUAUGGUCAAAAAUAUAUGGACACUCAAACAUUACACUCAUAUGUGAUCAUUGAACUUCCUGUUCUGACACCGUGUGCACAAAUCUACUUUUUUGUCAGCCUCCGCUCUUCGGGUUUCAGUCUUUUCACCAGAUGUUGAACCUGCUGCAGGGCUUUUCUCCCUUCAGUCACCGGAGCAUUAGUGAGGACCAUCACCAGUGUUGGGUGAUGAGCUCUGGCUCUCUGUCGGUGAUCCAGCUCAGGUGUUGAGGUCAGAGCUCUGCGCAGUUCAAUCAAGUUCUUCCACACCAAACUGGGAAAAGCAUUUCUUUAAGAGCUGCUUUAUGGAGGGGGGCAUCGUCAUGUUGAAACAGGAAAGGAGAUGUUGCAGCUGAUCAGAAGUGCUAUUCUUAUCGCAGCUCUGAGGUUUUCCUUAAUUGUCCACAUAUUUUUGGCCAUAUAGUGUGUUUUUAAGGCUUAAGAACUUGUAAUCUUAAUGUUGCAGUAAGCAGACGUGCUUCAGUGAUGCCUGCAGCCUGAGUUAUGACGAGCUUUGUCUUCUGGUGCAUCUUCAUUCCCUCACGUGUAGAUUUAACCUGUAGAUUCUGGCCGGCUGCAGUUUCCAUCGAAGUGCACGUGAUGUGCUUGGAUUUAAGUGUUGUGCUCCUUCUUACCACAUGAGGGAGACGGGAUAGUCUUUAUUAAGCUGAAGGGCUGUUCUGCUCUCCACAGUAUUGAGUGCUUGAGAGAUUAAUACAGUUGACUACUGAUGGCACAAAAACAGCAUGUGAGCAGUUGAAGUUUGUUGACUUCCAAAAAAGAAUUGGCAGAAUCUCACUUGUAAAAUCAGGCUCGCGGACUGUAAUAUCAAUAUCACCACCUAUUUCCCCCAAAACUGUCCAUUUCUUAGGCUUUGAAGUGAUUUCCUAAAACCUGGUUUGCAUGCCGGAGCCUGUUAAAGCCAACUGAUUGACUCUUGCACUUGGCACCCUCUAUAAGAAUACCAUGUCCUGAAACUUUAAAUCCAAAAUAUGUAAAAUAAAAAAUGCUAAAUAAACCUUGAGGUUCACCGUUGAGAGCCAGGAGAGCCCGUUUGUUUUCUUCUGGGCUCUUAAGAGCUAUUUCUGGGCCGAGUCCUUCAGGUCUAGACAGAAGACGACAUCUGAUCCCGCAGCCCAGCUUCAGUUGGACUGCACACGUAGCCCGGUCAGACUCGGGAGGAAAUUCUUUACAGCUUUCGACCGUGUGUCUGUGAUACUCGCUGAACGCCACAAAGUUCUCAUUUUCAAUUAGUGUGUGUGUGUAAGUGUGUAUUUGUUUCUGAAUGACAUUCCAAGGGCUCACAAGGCGUGCACCCGCCACCGAGAUCAAUAAAAAUACCUUCAUUCUUCCCGUAAAAAGAGAAACACCCAUGCCUGGUUUUAAUAAUGUGGUACAAAGUUUAUUUCAAGUUGAUGUAAAAUAUAUUUUUAUAGCAGGAUAAAACAGGAACUGUGGAGAACGGAGUGGUUCCACUCCAGGUUCUGCACUGUUCUUCAGUGCUGUUUGAGUGCAGUGAGACGGACGGAGAGAGAUCCGUCUGUCGCUUUUGGUUUCACAUUUCUGUUACACCUACAUUACAGAGUAGGAUGUUUUUGCUAACACUUUAUUUCAAGGUACACAUUCACCAUUAGCUAGUUGCCUGUAAGCAUGCAUAUAUGUUUGUAUUUUAUAUUUCUCUCUUCUAUUGCUAUUUUUUCCUACUGCUGCUGCCUGUGAGACCCACAUUUAUUAGUAAUUGAUGCAUUAGCUGGGAGCUAUUUUCAGCUGUGGAUUCAUGCAUAUUUGGUGCUCAGUGAGUAUUUGUGGCAGCAGGACAUUGGUGUGUUCAUGCUAUUGAAGCAACAGUGUUUUGUACUUUAGUAUACACAGGUAAUACUUCUAACAUCAAUUAAUUGUUGGUUUUGGUCAUUUCAUGGGAUUUGUUGACAGUAAGAAAAAUGCGUAAUUUGACUACACUCAUCCCUUUAACAGCUGGUUACAGAGGAUACAGACGACCAUGUGGCUCAGCGUGUAGCUUCAUACCCAGCCAUCACACAUCUACCGUCUGCUGUUACUUCUGGAGACGUGUUGAGAUGUUCUGAUGGAGGGGUGUUCAUCCCAAUUGGUGUUUGUGGUUCACGGCAACUGAAUGCUCUUUACACGCGAGGUGGCCCCGUCAUUUUCCCUCAUCCAUCCCCAGCAGCUUCUCAGCCUCCAGGCGGAGUUUAUUCUUCUGGAUCUGAGAAGAGAAAGAAAAUGUGAAUCGUGUUUCUCCGGGUUGGAAGUUCAGUUUAAAUGUUAGCGAUCAAAACUGAACAUCUGAGCGAUAUGACGAUAAACACGUGAGACGGAGACCGCAGACGAAUGAGCAGGGCUGCUUUACAUCAAUGUGAUGAACUACGUUGAUUUAUCAGGGCUUGAGCUCACUGCAUUAGCAGGAAACAGUAACUCACAUCUGCUUAUUUUAUGUGCAACUGAAUUUACAGAAAAUCACGUAAAGAUACAACAAAUUAAAGUUUAGGGUUGCAGCUCGUGGCCUGGCUUUGUCCAAAGCUAACAACAUCUGCCUUCUUCUACAUGAACACAUUCUAUAUCGUCUGUUUAAUUCCUACAAAAACACACAUAAUCCCUUUUAAAACAGUGAAUAGUUUUUACAUUUUGCUUUUCACAGAGAUAAAGUGAAAUAAAAGGUGUUGAUUAAUGAACUUCAGAGGAGCUGGCAGGUGGAUCCUGUUAGAUCUCGACAGAGCCAGGCUCACUGUUUACUCCUGUUUCCUGUCUUUGUGCUAAGCUAAGAUAAUCAGAUGCUAGCUGUAGCUUAUUUACUUCAGUCCUGAAAGUAGUGUCAAUAUUCUCUCUGCAAGAAAGCUCUUUAUUUCUGAACCUGUUGAACUGUUCCUUUACAGUAACUGUACAUGCAUCAUUUUGCACCCUCAGAAAUAAAAGAACUGGGAAUCCCUGGAGCCAAAAAUGCUGCCUUCAAGGGCAGCCGACAACAGUACAAUGUCAUUUGUCUGGAAACAGAUGAACGCGGGGACAAACUAGUCCACAGGCUUUCAAAUGUGACCACAGUGUUGAUGUUUUGGACCCAGAAGUCCCGGGAACUGUUAAUACUGAGUGGAUUAUCCUGCGAAAUGAAGUGAAGGAGUUUUAGAUUGAAGGGCUGGUUUUAUCUGAUACGCUGCUUUGGGACUAGGUCCGCCGCCCUUCUGGGUUCAUCUAACAGGACCUGGUGUGCGUGCAGACAAGCUAAUAGUUCCCUUUCCCUCCUGUCUGGGGGCAUUCAGGGCAGGCCCGCUCAAACACGACGUCGUGUCUAUACAGUCAUUUCAAACAGCAUCCCAAGAGAGAAACGCCAGAACCCGAGGGGACUAAUUUAUCACCGACUGUUACAGCAGCUGCUAAUUAUAGAUCUGUUUCUGUAGUCUGGACACACGUCCACUUACAACCGUGAUUCCAGAAAAGUUGGGACUCUGUCUGAAACGUAAUCUGAGUUUACUGACAGCAGUUUCCUGAAGAGU